GUAUGUACAACGUCUAUACGGAUAAUGUUCCUUCGAAGCCACACUUAUAGAUGCAACGUCUCAACGUAUUGUCCCGGUAAAGGCCAUCCAGAGUUCCAGACUCCAUAAAAUGCUCAAACGGGAGGCGCGCUCCAUGUCAUGCACGCAACCCCAAGCAUCUCCGCAUGUGGCAGGGCACAUUUCGGCGGGAAUGCAAGCCGGGAUCAUGGGAGAAAAUCACCUCGAUCAAAAGCUUGCUUGUCACCGCCCUGUCUCUGGGCAAGGAAGGCGGUACCUGGCAGAGCUGUCAAUCAUCUCAACGGGCUCAAGCCACAGCUCUUAGUGACGGUUUUGGCAGAAUCUGCUUCAUCGUCAGCGCGGACUCCCUCCCUCAUCUCGCCACGCGACCUGACAGCGCUGAGUCUUGACUGACAGAUCGUUGCUUUGGCGCACGAAUGUGUCGAGAGACACUCGCUUCUUGGCGUCGUGGUGCAGACGG